GCCAGUAAGGACACCUCCCACAUUCGUUAGCUCGCACGUGGCGGCUCGCAGGUCACUCGUCGGUACUCGUUGAUGCCUGCAUUAUUCGGACGCUACUAGGGGGUGUGGGGGUUCUGGAUUUCCCCCAGGGGGACAGCUUCUUCUUCUUCUUCUUCCUCAGCCUUCUCGAGCUUCCCCAGUGGGAAGGAACAAGGAAGAGGAGAGGAGGACGCGUUGUUCAUGACAUAUUAAGGUGUUGCUUUGACCGGAUCCUUUGGUUACAUAUAUAUUUAUUGUGUUGUUUCAGUGACUCAAUCUCCAGUUUUAGGUUGUUUUAACCCACGCCCAAAGGUCCGUUUUAACCGCCGCCCCCCCCUCCCCGCCCCUCCACGAAAUCCUUCGGCGUCAUGGUCCCUCGCCGAUGUCGUUGAGCGAGAGUUCUCUAAACGCUCAGGGCGAUGACGUCUUGCGAAGUAAUCGCUUAAAGUAAUCGCUUGGAGAAGUUAUAUCAUAAUCACUUGGUCGCUCUCUCUCGCAGUCAUUAACGGGACGGAUUGCUUCGUCUCUUGAUACCCCGGGCCACCUUCCCCCUGCCACCCUGCCACCCUUCGACGUUGAAAUAACCUGAAUUAUCUGACAAUAAUUCGUUCCCCCCACCCGUUGUAUCGCCGCCAUGCCACGAUUCAGAACAGCGUUCUAGAAAACCACAAUGAAGAAGAUGAUUUCCUGAUACUGAUCUCGCAUAGAAAAAGAAAAGGAAAUUAAGUGAUUAAAUCUAUUUUUUUUAAUAACGAAAAGGAAAAUCAAAGGGGUUUUCUUAUACAUAAAAUCAAUAGUAUUACCUCAAGUGACACGUCCGUUUCUCGAUGAACUGGAAGCACUGACCUUGCUUUUGGGGGGAAGACAAAAAGGGACGCACGCGGAUUUCCGAAGCCCGGAGCCGUUGUUGUUGUUGUAGUAGUAGUAGUAAUAGUAGCAGUACCUACUACUACGGGAGGAGUAAGAGCAGCUGCCUUUCGGGAACAGUAGCAGCCCGACGAUUGUUUUCCUCGAAGACACCAAGUCCCGUUUUCUGUUGAAGCCUCGUAUUCCGGAGCAUAAUGGGGGAUGAAGGAGAAAAGUUUUACGACGAUGAGGAAUUGGCCGCUGCCACGCCCAAUCAAAGAAACUGGAAAGGUAUUAUCAUCGCAGUCUUGGUCAUCUGCUUCGUGCUGGGCAUGAUAGUGACCUCGGUGUUGCUCCUGACCCCGCCGGACGACGGGCCGAGAGUCAAAGGUCGGAGAUUUGAGUUAGAGGACCUAUUAGGGGACGACUUCAAGAUCCACACCUUCAAUGGCAGCUGGAUCUCGGAUAACGAACUGGUGUAUCGUGACACUGCCGGUGGACUAUCAGUCUUCAACGCAGAAUCUCUCACGUCAAGGGUCCUCGUCAGCAACAUCACUUUUAGACAACUCAAUGUGGCCCAUUUCAGUGUCUCCCCCGACCUCAGAUUCGUGCUCAUGGCGGAACAUGUCGAAAAGUUAUUCCGCUACUCCUUCAAGGCCAAAUACCACGUCUUCGUCAUCAAAACACAGCACCACUUCCCUCUGACCCCUACCCCGGACAGCAGGGGUCACCCCUCCCUAAUACUGGCCCAGUGGACCCCCGUGGGAUCGGGGAUCGUCAUGGUAGACGAUCACUACAACAUACUCUACAAGAAGACGGUCACUGAGCAGACUGUCCACCGUAUUACGAAUACUGGAAUUCCUGGGGUCAUAUACAACGGCGUGCCCGACUGGGUUUACGAAGAAGAAAUUCUGAACAGCAACAGCGCCGUGUGGUUCUCCCCAGAUGGGGGUAUGUUGGCAUAUGCCACCAUUAAUGAUACCCUAGUCGAUGACGUGCCCAUACCCGAAUACGGUCCUGACAACCAGUAUUCAGUUACAAGAUCUCUCAAAUACCCUAAGCCUGGGCAAAAAAACCCACAAGCAACCUUGUGGGUUAUUGACCUCACUGACCUGAGGUCACUCAGGGCACGUGACCUGAAGCCGCCGAACGUGGUCAAAGACCAGGACCACUACUUCACCGCCGUCACGUGGAUCGACAUCACCACUCUCAGUGUCAUUUGGAUGAACAGAGCCCAGAAUAUCUCGGUCAUUACGUCCUGUUCGAAGCCCAUGUACUUUUGCGAGAACACCCACACGGAGUACUCCAGCCACGGGUGGGUCGAUCUGUACGACGCCCCAAUUUUCUCCGCCGACGGGCAGAGUUACCUGGUCCGCCUACCUGUUCGAGACGGCGAGGAAGGGGAGUUCAAGCAUGUCAACCUCUACAGCGUCAGGAUGCACAUGGUCGUACCCAUCACCCACGGGCCGUUCGAGGUCACCAAGAUCUUGGGCUGGGACCAAAACAGCAAUUACAUUUACUACAUGGCAACCAUGGAAGACAAGCCCGGAGAGCGCCAUCUGUACCGCGUCCCAGACGUGACCUCUCCUAUGCUGAGGAUUCCAGAGUGCCUCUCCUGCCUGGAAGCGGACAACACGACGGACACCUGCCUCUACAACAACGCCCAUCUCUCGCCCGAUUUCGCGUUCUUCGUGCUGGAAUGUCUGGGACCGGACGUUCCCCGGACGUACCUCUUCUCCACCUGGAGUGGGCAGAUGAUUUAUACACUGGACGACUACAACGAGUUGAGGGAGAAAGUGGAGGAAAUGGCGAUGCCUCAGGUGCAGACUUUCAAGGUGGAACUUGAGGGAGACAAGACCUACACCUACUACGUUCAGCUCUUCCUGCCCCCGGGACUUCGGGAGGAGGAGAUCACCACUUAUCCUAUGGUGGUCCACACAUACGCAGCUCCAGGAACGCAAGCGGUGACGGCUAAAAUGACAAUUAACUGGGGGACGUUCUUGGCCUCCAAAAAUGACAUCAUUUACGCUCUGAUCGACGGUAGAGGCUCAGGAUACCAGGGAGAUAAGAUCAAGCAUGAGGUUUACCACGCCCUGGGCGGGAAGGAAGUAGACGACCAACUCGCAGUAGCCGGGUGGCUGAGAGACAACCUACAUUUCGUCGACGCCAAACGCAUAGCAAUUUGGGGCUGGAGUUACGGUGGGUAUGUGACCACCAUGGCACUGGCCAGGGACGCCGACGACAUCUUCAGCUGUGGCAUCGCUGUGGCACCCGUCUCGCGAUGGGAGCAUUACGAUUCCGUAUACACCGAACGGUAUAUGGGAUCACCUCACGUCUACCCUGGAAGUAACUACAAGGGCUACGAGGCUGCGGACGCCACAAAAAUGGCUGGAAACCUCAAGGAUAAGAUGUUCUUGCUGAUCCAUGGAACUGCUGAUGACAAUGUCCACUACCAUCAUUCCAUGAUGCUCGCCAAAGCUCUCGUGGAUGAAGGCGUCCAAUUCCAGCAAAUGACCUACGCCGACGAGAAUCACGGGCUGACGGGUGUGAAAGAGCACCUGUACCGCACAAUGGGACGGUUCCUCUCGGAAUGCUACCGCCCCAGCCUCAAGGAGCUGUACGUCUUAAUCAAAAAGAGGAAGAAGGAUCUGGAGGAGAUCGUGGGAUACCUGUAAAUAAAAUGACAAAAGAAUAAAAUAAAAAGCGUGAACCGUAUGUUGGGAGUAAUCGAUGCUUUUUGAGAGGGGUGUAGUACUACUUUACAGCCAAUGUUUUUAUACACUUAGUUUUCGAAGGAUUAUUUUGCCUUAUUGGUUUUGUUUACUGUAAUUUUUUUUUUUUUGCUCCUCCUCUGUAACGUGACCAAGAUGGUAAUGACGAUUUCAGUAGUCCUGUAACCGUAACUGAAAGUGUGUGUGUGUGUGUGUUUAUGUGUGUAUGUGUGUGUGUUAAUUCGCGUGAUUUUAAGUCAGAAUUUCAUUUUUAAUUUGGGAGGUUUUUUUUAACGCGGUUACUGUCAAACUUUUUUUAAAGUUGAAUAUUUGCAGUAAUAUUGCUAUAUAAGCUAUUUAGUCAGCAACGUCCUACAGCGUAAUUGUAUUGAAAGUAUUUUAAUUACUUCUAAUGAACUGUUAAGGAAUAUAUCCAUUUUCUUGAACAGCUACAGCACCAAUUACAAAAAGAUAUCAAAUUCCCACCCUCGUAUAUUUUAAGAAUACCUCAUCAGAACUUUACUAAAAUAUAGGUUGAGUCAUUAGAAUGAAUUAUUCUAGAGAUGUCUGUCAGGUGUCACAAAUUAUGGGGUCAUCGAGAUCUUUUGAAAUGUAUCGAUUUUCUUUAUUGUUGUUAUUUAUAGCUGUUAAAUAUAUAUAUAUAUACAUAUAUAUAUAUAUAUAUAUAUAUAUAUAUAUAUAUAUAUAUAUAU